CGUCAUCACAGGUCCUGUCACCUCACCACACGGCUCCUGUACAGCUGGAGGUUCCUUCAAUAUAUGAUCAUCUCCUUUGAUAUCUUCUGUAUAACAGAAUUUUCCUGAUUCACCCAUCAAAGAUGGGUAGGGACAAAGGCAAGAUGGCCGAGGGGAUAAUAAAUCUCACCCUAGAGAUACUCUUCCAACUUACUAGAGAGGAUUACACAGUGGUGAAGAAGAGCGAGCGCUGUCAGGGCCCUGUAUCUGAAGGAUGGGGAAGAACCCUGAGCCCAAUCACGGCGCCUCCACCUCACUCCCUAAAACAUAAUGAAAUCAAUGCACAGAAGAUCCUAGAACUCAUCCACAAGAUGAUGGAGCUGCUGACUGGAGAGGUUUUGAUUGAAGAUAAAGAUCUGAACAACACUAAUGCUACAGAGACAUAUCUUCUGAGGGGUGAUGACCCGUGUAAGGAAGACAUUCCUACAGAGACAUAUGUGAGGGGUGAUGACCAGUGUAAGGAGGACAUUUUUACAGAGACAUAUAUGACAGGUGAUGACCAGUGUAAUGAGGACAUUCUUACAGAGACAUAUGUGAGAGGUCAUAAUCAGUGUGAGGAGGACAUUCUUACAGAGACAUAUCUAAGGAGUGAUGACCCGUGUAAGGAUGACAUUUCUACAGAGACAUUUGUGAGAGGUGAUAACCAGUGUAAGGAGGACAUUCUUACAGAGACGUAUGUGAGAGGUGAUGACCAGUGUAAGGAAGAAAUUACUACAGAGACAUAUGUGAUGGACGAUGACCAGUGUAAGGAGGACAUUCUUACAGAGACAUAUCUAAGGAGUGAUGACCCAUGUAAGAAGGACAUUCUUACAGAGACAUAUGUCAGUGGUGAUGACCAGUGUAAGGAGGACAUUCUUACAGAAACGUAUGCGAGGAGUGAUGACCAGUGUAAGGAGGACAUUCUUACAGAAACAUAUGCGAGGAGGGAUGACCAGUUUAAGGAGGACAUUCUUACAGAAACAUAUGCGAGGAGUGAUGACCAGUGUAAGGAGGACAUUCUUACAGAAACAUAUGCGAGGAGUGAUGACCAGUCUAAGGAGGACAUUUCAACAGCGACAUAUGUGAGGAGUGAUGACCAGUCUAAGGAGGACAUUUCUACAGCGACAUAUGCGAGGGGUGAUGACCAGUCUAAGGAGGACAUUUCUACAGCGACAUGUGCGAGGGGUGAUGACCAGUCUAAGGAGGACAUUUCUACAGCGACAUGUGCGAGGGGUGAUGACCAGUCUAAGGAGGACAUUUCUACAGCGACAUGUGCGAGGAGUGAUGACCAGUCUAAGGAGGACAUUUCUACAGCGACAUGUGCAAGGGGUGAUGACCAGUCUAAGGAGGACAUUUCUACAGCGACAUGUGCGAGGGGUGAUGACCAGUCUAAGGAGGACACUGCUACAAAUAACUGCCCAGAUGAGUGUACCAGGAGCUCGGAGGGACAUCUGAUAUAUUCACAUUUUAAUGCGGAUAAUUGUUUGGUCAGACAAGACAUAUACGAACAGCAUGUCAUUAUCCUAGAUGUACCCUCAGUCCUUCUUAGCAAAGAUCUGUCAUCUGAUCUUUUUAAACAUCAAAAAACACAAGCAAGCCAAAAAGAAGUAGUAACACAAGCAAAGAAGAAGUCCUAUUCAUGUUCAGAUUGUGGGAAAUAUUUUACUAAGAAAUCAAAACUUACUGACCAUCAAAAUAUACACACAGGGGAGAAGCCCCAUUUAUGUUCAGAAUGUGGGAAGUGUUUUGCUUCAAAAUCAAAUCUCGUCACACAUGAGAGACGUCACACCGGGGAGAAGCCAUUUUCAUGUUCAGUAUGUGGGAGAUGUUUUACCAAGAAAUCAGAUUGUGUUGUACAUCAUAGAAUUCACUCAGGAGAGAAGCCAUAUUCAUGUCCAGAAUGUGGCAAAUGUUUCAUCAGGAAAUCUGAUCUUAUUAGACAUCAGAUAAUUCACACAGGGGAAAAACCAUUUUCUUGUUUAAAUUGUGGCAAAUGUUUUACUCAUAAAGCCAAUCUCGUCGCACAUCAAAGAACUCACACUGGGGAGAAGCCAUUUUCAUGUUCAGAAUGUGAAAGAUGUUUUUCCAAGAAAUCAGAUUUUGUUAGACAUCAAAAAAGUCACACAGAGGAGAAUCCAUUUUCAUGUUCAGAAUGUGACAAAUGUUUUUUGAAGGAAUCAGAUUUUCUUAGACAUCAAAGAACACACACAGGGGAGAAGCCAUUUUUAUGUUCAGAAUGUGGUAAAUGUUUUAUAAAGAAAUCAGGUCUUGCUAGACAUCAGAGAAUUCACACAGAAGAGAAGCCAUUUUCAUGUUCAGAAUGUGAGAAAUGUUUCUUAAGAAAAGCAUGUCUCAUUGAACAUGAAAAAAUUCACACAAGACAGCAACCUCAGAUUAUGUCCAAGAAGAUCGUAAGUUAGUGGAGUCACCUGUCUCUACGUUAUGCUGCUGUUAGUAUGGAGUUGAUGACAGGUUCCCUUUAACCACCUUCUGGCCCAGCCAAAGAGGGAGUUACAGAGAUCCCAAAGUGCCUGACUAUUUUCUCCUUGCCCAUUAAUGUGAAGAAAAUGACAUUGUGUAGUACCAGGGCUGUCUACAACAGCUCUUCCUCUACCAGCCUAACCAUACCUGACACUCCUGAAAUGCAUGGCAGCUGCAUGCUGAGGAUUCAAAGCAACAGAGAUAGACCUGCAGCCAGCUAGUUUCUUCCCAUGGCGUUAGAGAUCUGACCAUACCCUUCACACAGGUUAUCUGUGAAUCUUAGGCUGGUUCACCCAUGACUAGAAGUUUAGGUAAGGAGAGAACAAAAUUGUCUUCACCAGAUGAUCAGGACUUAGAGCCUUUGAGAAAUGCUGUUUUUAAGUACAAACUUAGUGGCUCAAAUACAGCUUAUAAUCAUAAAAAUAAUUGUAAAACAUUUUAAGAGUAACUACACUUCCAGCAGAGGAACAGCUUGCCAGAGAUCUCUGGAUCCAGCAUAACCAGAUAGUGCUACAUGUCCGCCAGACCCCAUAGACUAUAAUGGGAACCAGCAGGAAUCCAGAUGCCCCCUGGUAUAAAUGCCAGAUUCGACCCGCCAAAACAGUUUUUGUCUGGCCAUAUCCCGGCAUUUAUGCCUUAUAGUCAGUGGGCUUCGGUGGUGAAAGGCUGCUUUAGUGCAAGCGUGAAAGUACAGAUAAACUUUAGUCCUAGCGUGGAGGUGCAUAUCACUUUGAGGGUAUAUUCUGAUUACCCACACGUUAGUCAUGUGGAAAUCUCAAGUCAACCAAGUUAUCCCAACUCAAGCAGUUAUAAUCAAACAUAGGCACUCCCUGUUACAUACUUUUCUUCAUAGCAGCACUUAGCUCAUAAUCUGAACUAGGUGACAAUCGGGGCAUUUUUGGGUACGGUGCAUGACAGUUGUAGUCUGCACUAUUCUUCUUUUUGUAUUGUGUGCAACGCUGCCUUUUUGUACUUUUUGCCCAUUAUUGUUGCAUCGUCUACAUGUGUAUACGAUAUUUUCCUUGUUGUACUGGUUUGCAUGUGUGCUUAUUCUUUUUCCUCAGUAAACUAG